AUGAAUUCAUCAUUUGAUAAAUCGAAAUAUUCUAAUAUAAAAAAAGUUAUUCUUCUUUCCGGUAAACGUAAAUGUGGAAAAGAUUAUAUUGGUGAAAAAUUAGUUGAAAAACUUCCAGUUGUACUUUUACAUUUAAGUGAACCAUUAAAAUUAGAAUUUGCUCGUUUAAAUCAAAUCAAUGGUGAACAAUUAUUAAAUUCAUCUUCUUACAAAGAAAAUUAUCGAAAAGAUAUGAUUAAAUGGGGUGAAGACAAACGAAAUGAAGAUCCAUCAAUUUUUUGUCGUAUGGCUAUUGAACAAAAACAUGAUUUAUGUUUGACAAAUCCAAUAUGGAUUAUAUGUGAUAUUCGACGUUAUACAGAUAUUGAUUUUUUUCAAAAAUAUUUUUCGAAUUGUUUAUUACUUGUUCGUAUUGAAGCAUCGAUUGAUACACGUAAAAAACGUGGUUGGAUUUUUACAUCAAAUAUUGAUGAUUCAGAAUCUGAAUGUCAACUUGAUAAAAAUGUUGAGUGGUCUUUUGUAUUUUCGAAUAAUGAUUCGGAUAAUUUUGAUGAACAAAUGAAUAAUCUUAUUAGGAUGAUAAAUUCUUAA